AUGUCCGUCCAGGAGGUGCAGGCCUACCACGACCGACGAGCUUCUUCCGCCGAGAGAAUCGUCAGAAGUUCGUUUUUUCAUGUUUUGGAGUGUUGAGAAAUGGGAAUUUCUGGGGACAUCGAAUUUUUUUUAAUGAAAAAACUUGAUUAUCAGGGAAAAAGAAAAAAAUGAAGAAACUUUCGAUUGAAACAAAAAAACUCCUAGAACGAAAAAAAUUAUUUAUAAAGUUAAGAAAAAAAAAAUCAGUUAUUCAGUUUCGCCUAAAAAAACAACACUGGAAAUUUGAUUGAAAAAUAAGUUUUAUAAGUAGAAAACUCAACCAAAAUGUACCUUUUUUUCCUAAUUUGGAAUAUUUCGUGUGGUUCUUUUGAGUUGCAUUUGCUUAUUUUUUUGUGAGUAUACCGAUUUUUCUUGUUUUUUUAUCGCUUUUUAAAAAUUAUUUAAUAUGUUUUCUUGUGCCACGGGAAUGAUUUCUGAAUAAGAACUCUAGCUUCAUUUUUUUCAACGUUUCUUCGUUUCUCAGGCUCCUCCUCUUCCAUGUCGUGCCCCCAUGGACAGUACAACACAUUUGGCACGACGUCGAUUGUGAAUCCUGUUUCUAAGGCACGGCAGCGAAGGAGUAGGAGUCGAGGAAAGCUUCUCACUUAGUAGUUAUUAGCUAAAAAAUUCAACUUUGGUUUUAUUUUGGAUACUGUAUUAUUUGCAAAAAUGUUAUCAAUUCUGUGAUAUAGCGCAAGAAGUUUGCGAUGUCGCAGCAAAAGGCGAUGUGUCGUUAUUCUCGCAGCGACAGUCAAUAAUAUUGAGCGAAUUCAAAAGUUUUGAAUUGUCGGAUUUUAAAGUUCUAACCUCACUAGGGAACUACUCGAACUCGGGUACGUGAUUCGAGUUGAAACUUUGGUGGCUUAUAGACCCGGGUAAGAGUACUUGGAAACAAGAGAGAUUAUCUGCUAAACCCAAUAGGCUUUUGAGAAAAAGCUUAUUGAAAAUGAACAAUUUAGGCUUGAAAAUUAUCAAAUUUCUGGCUUUCCUCAUUCUUUUGGCUGGGAAAAAGUUUUUUAGAGUUUAUCAUAGCGGGAUUAUUCAAGGCGAUUGUGUUAAAAUAUAAAAUAAGGUAGAAAACAGUAUUCUGAAAAGUUUCAGGCCUAAUUUUUCCAUUUUAUACUAAUUUUUUCUCGGUUCUCUAUUGGGCUUAGCAGACAUUCUCACUUGUUUUCAAGCAUUCUCUCUUAGGUCUAUAAACCACUAAAGUUUGAACUAGAUAUGCGUACCCGAGUCCGAGUAGUUCCCGAGUAGUUCCCAAUGCGUGAACUGGUGUCGUUGAUAUAGUCGUUGUCUUUGUCGUCAGCAGUUUUUCUGUGCUUCUAUUUUAUAUGUAAAAAAACGGGAAAAAGAGGGGUAUUUUUGAAUUUGGAGAUAACCAUCAUAGAGUUAAGGAAAUCACUUUGUUGGACUUCAGAAAACACCGGCGCAAUAACCCAACUGCGAGUUCUGACGCUGAACAUGUGGUGCCUGCCGCAGCCGUGGCCAAUCGGAAGUUCUGACCGCACUUUUCGACUUGAGAGACUGUCCGAGGCCCUGAUCCGAGAACGCUACGAUAUCGUUGGGCUUCAGGUAAAUAGGUCCAAAAAAGACGGCAUAAAAAUGUAUCAAGCCCAGAAAACAAAGAAUAAUCAGCAUAAGAACAAACGAUAAUCAACAUAAGUAAACGGCUUGAAGUGAAACGUCGAAUUAUUGAUUUUUUGGUCAUGCAAAGAUUUCUGUUGACUCUGAAUAAUCUAAUACACGUAAAACUUUUGAUGGUCGGGUGCAUCUUCACUUAGAGCUGCUGGGGCAGCCGCAACGCGCCCCGACGGUAAAAUUCCCAAAAGAGCCAUUUAUCUUAUUUCGUUCCACCCAUUUUCACUCAUCUAGUCACCACGGGUCGACUGCUUCAAAUGGCGCCCCGUCAGGAGCUCUGAUAAUCUUUUUUUAGCUUCUAAAAGAAAAGACAUUCUCCACGAGACUGAUAUCAUCUUUUUUUGUUUUCCAAUCGACUAAUAAGAGAACUUCUGUAGUGGAAAUCGAAAAGAGAUGUUUCAGGAGCUGUGGAGCGAGAAGGAUUUCUUGAGAUUGGCCGAUCGAAUCGAAAAAGAGUAUCCAUUUCGUCAUUAUUUCCAUUCUGGGUUCACCGGCAGCGGCGUUUGUGUCUUCUCUCGGCAUCCCAUUGUUUCGACACUUACUCAUAGGUUUCUAAGAAGCUCUAUCCGAAAAAUAUCAUAGAUAAUGUGUUUUACUUGAGCAGAAAUCGACAAAAAAGGCAGAAGAGUCAGAAAUUGAAAAAAAAAAAUGUAUCCUUAAGGUGUCAUUAUGUAGUGUUCAUUCAUGUUAUUCAGAUUCCAAGACCCAAAAAUUAAAUAACAGUUUUAAUUGCAUUCGGAAAGUGUCAUUCGUUUAAAUUUCAUUUAAUUUACACAUAAAUCUGCAAAAAAACGUUUAUAAUAGUGGUUCAUUGAGCUUCUAGACUCAUAUCUCGAUACUUUUUCAAAAAAGUCGAUGAGAAAGCACCUGCUUUAUCAAAAAAAUAGCAAGAAAAACGAAGAGAACAGACGAUGUGAUAGGAAAAAUCGAAUAUGAACGGCUUCUCCUAGGGUUUCUCGCAGUCGAAAAUACGUUUUCUCCUUAAUUUCUAAAGGAUAUCUAUAAUUUUCAGAUUUUUUCACGUAAAAUCGCUUAUGAAAGAAUGCCGUGUUCAAAGUAAUUUCGCGAAAUGCAAAAUGAUCUCUGACUCUCCAAAAUUUAGUUAUAUUUUCCUUUCUCUGACGGCUAUUUCGCAUUUCGCGAAAUUACUUUGAACACGGCAGAAUAUUCCAGCGGAAUUGUCUUGUUUUGAUUUCUUUUGAAUGUUCUAACUUUCAAGGUACUCUUUGAAUGGCUUCGCUCAUCAUAUUCACCGUGGAGACUGGUUCGGCGGCAAGGUUUUGCACCAAACUCAAAAAUGAAAGUUGAAAUUGAUUUGGUAGGUCGUUGGACUUGCCGAGGUCGAAAUCGGAGACCUUCGCGUUAAUUUCUACACGACGCAUUUGCACGCCGAGUACGACCGCGAGAACGAUUUGUACCUUCCUCAUAGGUAGAAAUUAUCAAGUUACUAAUUUAUUCCGUUUUUUUCCUAGGUGUGAUCGACUAGGUAGUGAAAAAGAAUCGUUUAGGCCAUAACGAAAAAUCGCCUUUGGCGAACUAGAACCCCGAAAAUGUAGUUGAUCCAGUUAAAAGCAUGGUUUUACGGUUCUACGCCUCGUUUUUCUGUGCGUACUUGAUCUAAUUGUGCCUUGAAGAGCUCAGAAUUUAGUAGAUGUUGAAGCUGGAGCCCGGAAACCGUGCUCUAGGUGGAAAUCUCGGAAGGAGAGCAGCCAAUUCGAGUGGACGAAAAAAAUAACUACUUUUAUAAAAAAUAAAACUGUUUGUUUCAGGACGGCCCAGUCCUUGGAACUGAGUCAGUUUGUCCGACACACGUCUCGUGGCUCUGACGUCGUCAUAGUCACUGGCGACUUCAAUAUGGAACCCCAGGAUUUGGGUCUUAGGUACACUUUGAUUUUGAAUAGUUCUUGAAGUUUGCCUUCUAUUGUCUGCCUUUAUUGAUUUGUCAAGUCUACACUGUUUAUUUUAUUUGCGGAUGAACAGCUUUUGGGGCUGUCGAAAAAAAGAAAAAAAGACUAACGGGAAAAAUCCAAACGGUCACAAAAAAGGAGUCUAAAGCUGCUUUUGAGCCUAAAAAGUGUCAAAGUCUCUCUGAAUUUCCUUUAUUCUAUCUUUUUCUGACUUCUUCUUUAUUUUCUCCUAAGAGAUCCUUUGAAGCCUUUCAAUGGUUUUUUUUUUCAAAAAGUUUCUUUUAAUGUCUUUCUAGACUUUGCCCAAAAUUGGGAAAUUCAUGUUUCGAGAAUGCAAUGAACAAAAUUAUUUUUAUGAGAGAAACUGCGCACAGUUACUUCUUUUGUUUCCUUUUUCAAGGUUUUCUACGAGUUUGUCGCAGGAUCUACCGGAACUUAAAAAUGUGCCCAGCUACGCAAAAUUUCAUGCGGAGGAGGCUAUAGUAUAUACACAAAAUAAAGUCAUAAAAAUAGAAUACUUGAACAUUUUAAAAGCUUUUUGAAAGCUUUUUUUUCAGUUUCCUUUCUUCUUAGAAAAUCUCCGCCUUUGCAGGCUGAUCCUGGCGCAGGUGAAGCUUUGUGACGCGUGGAGAAUGUGUCACGAGAAGGAGUCUUGCUCGGAGACUGGAGACGCGUUAUCGCUGUCGGAAUGUCGCGGCGUCGUUCAGGGCGGAACCUGCGACCGACCGGACAACUGCUACACCAGAAGGUCCCUAAGAAACAAGGUCAGAUAAUAAUUGAAACUUUUUCCUUGUCAUCCAAAAAAUUGAUUUUCAUAUAUAUGCCUUCCACUCAAGAACUUACUUACUUACUUAGAUACUUAGAUGGUCCAUCUUCGCUUUCGACCUUUUAUUGCCUUUUAGUGCCUUUUAUUGAUCGAAGCGUGGACCACACGUUUCCGAGGAGGUCUUAUGCAAUCGGUCAUCCAGUUUUGUCGUCCUGGUUGACUGGUAUUCUUGCGAAAAAGUUCCAUCCGUGGUGUUGAACGUGUUAUAGCAUAAUUUUGGUCUGAUUAUCCUUUUUGCCUUGCCAGGGCUAAAAAAGACCGCCCAUUCUGUUAGCAGAAGCAAGCCGAACUGCGUGACCGGUGUACCGUUAGCCGCCAUAAAUGGCGUUGCCUCCCCAUCACCGCGUAGAGGUGGUACUUGAAGGGGCACUCAAGAAACGUUUCUAAAAUGGUCCGAAAUCGAUUUCUUUGGCGAUUUCGGCCAAUCUCUAAACGAAAGCAUUUAUCCAACCAAAUUUGAAAGUUUCCUUUUGUUUAUAGUAGUCAAAGUCAACUGAUUGAAUUUUCAAUUUUCACGAAUUCUUUGAGCCAACGUUUAGCCAAAAAUCAGAUUUGAGUUCAUCUCUAUUGCGGGAAACAGCAUUUUUUCAGAACCCAGCAAGUUUUUAAUGAGUUUCUAUUUUUUUUUUAAAACUAUUAAAAAUCAGGAAGAAAUUGCACAAUGAGGGACGGUUUCAAACGAUUUACCUUGUUUUUCAAUAUUUCUUUCCAAAAAAAAGUCUUCAGGACGAAAGCAAGAGAAUCGACUAUGUUCUAUUCAAAAGCGAAAGAGCCAACGUAAAAAUCGAGGAGUGCGAAAUCGCGAUGAACCAGGUCUCCAACACCUUUUUUGAGAUCAUAACUCUUUUUUUGUAGAUUCCUUGCGAAGAGAAGAAUUAUUCGGACCACGUUGCUUUGGAAGCUCGGUUCACCAUUCAGGAUGACGCGAGACAGGUGAUUUUGAAAGACGUUUUUUUUCUCCGGUUUUUUUUUAGUAAUUUCAAUGAACAAGGAAGUUUUUUCCUUGAGUUUCAGAUCCGUAAGGGUUUAUUUCUUCUGAGAAAAACCAGUUAUUUGCAGCAGUCCCUGUCGUGGGAGUCGAACCGACCUCUCCUGAUCGAGGCGAUCGGUAUCGUCUCCGGGGGCCAAAGAAGGGCUCGAAGCGACCGAAUCCUGUUCUUCAUCGGCACGGCGGCUUGUCUCUUGCUCAUCCUCGUCUCAUUCUUCGUCUCCGUGUUUCCCUUCGCGUUUGCCUUCCUCAGGUUGCACGAAACGUCCGUCUUUUUCCUAAACGAUGCAUUUAGGUUUGCCCUAACCGUUCUUGCCGUGUUCUUCGUCUACCAGGGACUAAUCGGACUCACUUUGGAGAGGAAGGCUCUCAAAGCCGCCAAGCAGUCGAUGCAGCAGCUCUUGAAUAGUUAGGGCAUCACUGACAGGAUUUUUAGGAAUCUAGGUACUUAAAAGGGUUUUGCAUGUACUGGAAGCGUGUUAACGAAAUUUUAAACUUUAGUAGUUUGCCAAGGGGACAGAAAGCUUGAGCUUGAUUUCGAAGAGCUGUUUCUAGAGCAUUUUUAGAAUUUUGUGAUCCGGAAAUAUAUUUUAAGCUUCAAGUUUCUCCACAAGUGCAUUGAGAGGAUAUUCAAAGGGCCUUCAAAUAUUCGCGAAGUAGUGUGCAAAAAGAGUAGCUUUAGACGCCUUUGCAUUAUAUUUUUUCUUAUGACCUCUUUUUUAUCACCUUAAAAUCUUCGAAAUAGUGGUAAAAGGUAAAAGCAGAAAUGAAAGGAAAAAAAAAUAUUACUUGAACAUGUGGAUUGGGAACUUUCAAUUGGAAAUGUGAAGACUUCGACUUCUUCUUAGGACUUUAAUUCAUUAGAGCUAAACUUAUAUACAUUUUCAUCGAUUCAUCUUAUCUAAACGUUGUAUUAUUUCGAAGAAAACCUUGAAAAUCCAUCUGAAAGCUGUGGGCGGGGCCUAAAAUAAAGUGGUUCGGAGAAAGGGCGGAAAAAAAAAAUCGUGUUCUGGUAUUUUCUGGCUUCAAUCAUUUGCAGCGCAUCGAAUCUAGUAACGACUUUUUCCGACUUUUGCCUUGCGUUUUCAAAAUUUUAUCGAGGAUAUUUCGCAAAAAUAAAAUUGUCGGAACAGAAAAAUGUUUAAAAUUCUCACUGUUUUAUGUUCAAAAAACUUGGUAAAGUAUUUCCGAACAUCAUAUCAUCUUUCGAAGCUGUAGAAAAGUAUAGUUGACUCAUAAAUCAGUUGUUUUUUCCUCGUUCCAAGACCUAUAAUUUCAAAAAAGUUCAAAAAGCGGGAAGUGAUAAAUUGUCACUGAAACACACGCUCUCUGUUCUCCUCGAAAAAAAAAUCUUUGCAGCAAGCUAGGUGAAUCAACUGUUUUCCAAUCAAUGAGGCGUUUCGUUCUGAAAUUUUUUUUUGAAAGAAGAGAUAAUAUCAACUUUUACGUGCUUUUUUCUCUCAAAAAUGUUACACCGUGAUGAAUAGCCCCCCAGAACAAUUUUCAAUUGAAAUAUGGAAAAUUUAAUAUAAAUUUCUUGCAGUGCUCUAACAUUUUUUGGUUCUCUUUUUUUGAAAUCUUGUGAAUUUCUUUCCCAGAAUAAAAGAAAACGACUUUGUUCCUGAACUUUGUCGAUUUCAUUCCCGUUUAUGACUUUAGCAAUUGUCGUUACAGUUCGUUUUGACGCGUUCUCUGGUUUUUCCCAAAAUCCUUGCUGCAUUUUCAAGGGGCAGAAUUCUUGCAUGACUUGUAAUAAAUAAGAAAACAUAUUUUUUCCUCGAUUCAUAUACGAAAUUUUCUCAUGCUCCUUUAUACACCUCAGCAAGGAUUUCGAAAUAUAUUUUUGAAAUAUAAAUGUACAAUAUUCCCCACGAAAAAGUUUUUUUCCCACGCUUUGAUCGAUUCGUGUGAAAAAAAAAUGUUUUUAUUGUCGAUCCUUCCCUCCAUUUCAUUUCUCCUCACUUUAUGGAAAGAAAACGUCUAGUCACUUCUUCUCGUCAUCCUCAAAUAACUUUGUGAUUAUUAUCGGACUAACAACUUUCUGUGAUUGCUUUUUCUAUAAGAGAUUUUUAUAAAGUUCAUUCAUUAUGCUGGUUUUCUGUUAAUUUUUCGAACGUUUUCAGCGUUUCUGUAUAUUUAAAGCUUGAUUCAAGGGUUUUUUUACUUUAUUCAUUUUAUACAGAGUCAUGAAUCGCUUGACGAAUUGGUUGAAGCGAAAAAGCUGACAUCAACGUCGUCACAUACUCUCGUUUCGGACUUCCUGGUAAGGCUUUCGGCAAUUUUUUGGUGAGAUAGACAAAAAGAAAAAUUUUCAUAUUAAAUUUAUUCAGAAAAUGUAGCAAAGCUAUUCCGAUUUCUUACUUUAUUUUUGAAAGAAUUUUAGCUGACACUUUUUUCUCAAAGAAGCCUUGUUUGCAUGUUGAGUGACUCAGCGCGAUACGGUGGCACUGCGUUUCAAUUAAGAACUGCAAAGCUAUUAUAAAUCGUUUUUUGUCUGGGCGAAUUCAGAAAACCUUCUGAUGAGAUUUGAAAGAGAUUGUCAUUUUGAGUCCGAAAAAAGUUGGUUCAGCUUCAAAGAACUUCUAUCAACAAAAAACCUGGUUUUUCAGUUCAAGGAAACAUUUCCGAUUCAUGAGCAUCAAAGUCUUUUUGUUUUGAUUGAAAGCUUUUAGGAGACGAAAUAGAUGAUCGGCCGCCGCCCACGCAGAUCUACGUCGCCUCUUUCGACGAUAACGCGCCGGAAUUCAAGGCUUUCGGGUCGCAUUCCACGAGGGCUGCUCUGGUAAAGUGUUUUCCAUUAGAAGGUUGAUAAGUCUUCAAAAAGAGCCGCGGAAAUCCUUUUAAAACCUUUUAGAUGCCACAGCGAUUUCGAUGAACCGAAAAAGUUCCAUUAAGCAUUUUUAAAACAACCUCAAUUUGCUUCGACAGACAAAAAGAGUUUUUUUUUUUUGGAACAUGCAGACUUUAAGCGAGGCUUCAUUUAGAACAAUGAAAAAAAUUACAAACAUGUUAUAAACAACAAAAAAAAACUACCUUUGAGAAAUAUUUUCAGAUCUCGGCUGGAGUCGGCAUUUCGAUGACCCUUUUCUUCUUUUUGAGCGUCUUCUUCGAGUUCGACUGGUACCAUCACAGGAAGGGAGUCGACGUUGGGGCGCUUAGUGAGUUUCAAGGAAAAGUCUCCUUAUAUAGUGAUCAGGGAUAAAAAGACGCUGAACUUUCUGAACCUUGCGACUGGACACAUUUUAAGUAUUGAAAGUAACUCAACUCUAACCGCGUUGUGGCCCAACUUUGUGAAGAAAACUUCGACAAACCUAAAUUCGCAAUUAAAUUGUAGCGGGUCUGGUCCUGUUCCUCGGUUUGGGCCUCCUCGUCCAUUCGCAAGUCCUGAAAGGCAUCAAGAAGAACAACGGAGCGCACUUGGUGCCCUUCAUCAUCUGCUACGCGACUUUCCUCUGCCUCGAGUCACUCAUGAUCCUCUUUCUGAUGUGAGUAAUCGCGCUCAGACGGACUUUCCAACUUCAAGAAGGCUUUCCAGGGGUCACUUCAUGUCGGCGCCCCACUCCAUCGACACUCGUCCCGCUACAGUUUGUUUUUGUUCCUUGGCUUCUAGGCUUUCUGUGAGGAAUAUUCAAUUUAUUUGUUUGAAUCAACAAAAAGUUUUGAGGGAUGUUUUGAAGGGUUGAAUGAAGCGCGAAUGAGCCUCUCCUUUGAGAAAAAUAUUGAUGAAUUUUUUCCUCCAUUCAUUCCAAACCUUGUCGAAAGUUUGAUCAGUUUUACGUGCAGAAAAUAGAAAUAUAAUUUCCCAUACCUUCGAAUAAUCGAUCAAUCCAGUAAUCAAGACCCGAAUAAUUCUUAAGAUCUACUUCAUUGGCCUCAUAAUGGCCUCGAUCAUGUUCGUCCAGGCGGCAAUGCUUCAUUCGGUUACAAGGUAGUUUAGAAUCGCCUUCUGAAUGAGAAAAAGAGGAGAAACCUCGAUUCAGAUGCCGCAAUUAUCUGGAGAAAAGGAGCAUCUUCGACGCCGAGAUGCGGGUGGCGGAGAUGAGCGUGAGUUUUCAAAGGGAAAAGGAAAUCAGAACGAAAAUUCGCAGAAAUCGCAGAAUCCGGCGAUGAAAAUCGUGUACAUUGGCCCCUCGGAACGUGUCGAUUCUCAUCAGGCCGCCAAUUCCACGCCUCCCAUCAGAACCAUUUUGGCCUCUGGCGAUUCUCUUGCCUAA